CAGGGAGAGAAACAGAGAGCCCUUUCCUCGACCAGUGGCUCUCUUUCAUUGGCUCGGUGCACUGGACCGGCAAACAGGAAACACUACAACACCAUGCCUGUUUCUGUCGCUACAUCAAGUCUCUACCACUACCGCUGCUACUACCUCGCAUCAUCUUCACUAGAACCAGCCAGCACUCAGACAGAGGAUCAGAGAGAGAGAGAGCGGGGAGCCCCCUGAAAGACAGACUCGGCGGAGUAAAGAACCAAGAGGCUGUGGCUGAGGCUGGACCAGGGUUACGACGCUACAGACUGAAGCCAAGCAGCUGCUGUGUUUCUGUUCCUGCUCCCAGCUGCUGGAGCUCCAUGCGAGAGGAGAAAAAGUGGAACGGCGGAAAGAGAGAACUGCUGUUCAGAGUCUGGAAGACGGAAGCCCACGUAGCAACACCGCUCUGAAGUGGCUCAACAGAGACAUACUGACUGACUCUCAAAGUGGCUCAAGAGAGACAUACUGACUGACUCUCAAAGUGGCUCAAGAGAGACAUACUGACUGACUCUGAAGUGGCUCAAGAGAGACAUACCGACUGACUCUCAAGUGGCUCAAGAGAGACAUACUGACUGACUCUCAAAGUGGCCCAAGAGAGACAUACCGACUGACUCUGAAGUGGCUCAAGAGAGACAUACUGACUGACUCUCAAGUGGCUCAAGAGAGACAUACCGACUGACUCUCAAAGUGGCUCAAGAGAGACAUACCGACUGACUCUCAAGUGGCUCAAGAGAGACAUACCGACUGACUCUCAAAUGGCUCAAGAGAGACAUACCGUCUGACUCUCAAAGUGGAUGCUCAAGACCACGUUGUGACGCUCCAAGACUCACUGACACGAGGGUUGGCUUCUCCCAACACACCUGACUGAAGGACUGACCCUCGGGUUGUGACCAGAGCAGUGGCUCAUGCUGACGCCACACACCGGGACUUUAAGGGAGUUAGUUCUUCUCGACCUGUAGAACCCGUAGAACCCGUAGAACCUGUAGAACCCGUAGAACCUGUAGAACCUGUAGAACCCGUAGAACCUGUAGAACCUGUAGAACCUGUAGAAUUCUCUUUGACGUCUGACUGUCAGCGUAUGGAACACUGAAUGCCCCCCCCCCCUCCCCAUUAAAAGGACUUCGGUUCAGGUUCUGUAGCUCUACGGCCAGACUCUUGUAGAUGUAAGACUUCAUUGUUUUUGCUUCUCUUGAUUCUGACUGUUUGUCUGUGCGCUCAGUGGAAGAACCCCCCCUUCCAGCUCUGUGCCUCAUGGCUUGCUACUACAUAGUCAUCAGUUCUACUCACCUCAGCAACGGCCACUUCAGGAACAUCAAGGGAGUUUUCCGCGGACCCCUCAGCAAGAAUGGCAACAAGAACUUGGACUAUGCGGAGAAGGAGAGGACGGCGACCAUGGCCAAGGCCUUGGAGGACCUGAAGGCCAACUUCUACUGUGAUCUGUGUGACAAGCAGUACUACAAGCAUCAGGAGUUUGACAACCACAUUAACUCUUAUGACCAUGCUCACAAACAGAGGCUGAAGGAGCUGAAGCAGAGAGAGUUUGCCCGGAACGUGGCCUCUAAGACCAGGAAGGAUGCGCGGAAACAGGAGAGAGCACUCCGGAGGAUACAUGAGCUGGCCGAACAACGCAGAGAGGUCCAUUGCGCUCCAGGCAGUGGCCCCAAGUUCAAGUCCACUACGGUGGCAGUGGAGGGCAGUUUCAGAGACAGCUGUCCCGAUGGACCUUCAGAGGAGUCCAACAACUCCACAGUUUUGGAGACAGAAACCCACAACCACACCAGCACUGGCACUGGCCUGGCCACCAACAGCAAGACCCAGAAAACACUAUACUGGCCUUACACGGGAAAGGCCAAGAAACAGACUUACAACAGGCACAAAAUAGCAUUCUCAUUCUCCUUCCCAAAGAAAGCAUCCAUGAAGCUGAAAUCUUCGGCCGCCGUGUUCUGUGACAACACAGAGGAGGGUUCCAAAGAAUGCGUGAGAAGACAGAAGCUCAGAAUGCCCCUUGUUGAGUUGAACAUUCUGGACUCUCCUACUGCAGAGGAAAAGGGACUGGGUCAUGGGACUGUGGAGGCUAUUGACACUCAGCCUGGUGAUCGCAGCCCAAACAGCGUUAGUUUUAGUGAGUGGAGCCAGAGGUCAUCAGAUGCACUAGCCAGGUCUGACAUCCCGGUGCCGCCACAGUGCUCACAUUUGUGUUCUGUGCUAGUUAACUCUGAAGAUAUGGCCAGACCUUAUGUGUCCUCCGUCUCCCAAUUACCUGCAUUCCCAGGCAACCCAGACACGGUACUAGAUAGACCGAACUCUGAGGAAACACAGAGAAACAGGCCAACAGGGGCCGAGCCGGAAACAAGCAAACUCCAACAAGAUCAUAAAAAAGAGGAGAGUGUCUGUGGGGAAGAGGACUCCUCCAUUAGCAGUUUCUCUUCUGAGGUCGUCUCCGGUUCUGAUGGUCCCCCUGAGAACGACUCCUCCUCUCAAUCCUCUCAGUGUCCUGGGACUGCGAGAGAGGAACAGAAAGGAGAAGACAUUACGAUGGUGGUGAAGACGCUGUCUUUCACCAAGCCCAGCCAGCCCUUCUUCUCUGUGCUCAGCAGAGAUGGAAACACUGUUCUCCAGUGGCCUACAGAGAUGUUGACCUUCACCAGGACAGAGCCCUGUCUCUCCUACAGCUGCAACCCCCUCCAUUUUGACUUUAGGGCCUCACAGCAAUGGCAGAGCAGGGCGAAGGUUAGUGUUGGUGACAGUCGGAGUAAGUUAUCUGUGGCUUUGUGUAUCAGCUCAACCUCUGUCUGCGCUGAGGAACCAACAGAUGUUGACAACAAGCACAACAACAAGGCCUGCUCUGGCCCAAACCAUCAGAGCCCUAUCAGAGACGGCAGGGAGGCAGUGAAGAGGAAGGAUUGUCUCAUAUGUGAGCACCACACGAGUGACACAGACACAGAAAGUUGCAGCUUGCGACUUAGGAGACACAGCAGUGGAGGAUAUAGUAGGCACUCAAAAGGUAGGACUCAAUCUGAGAAAAGAGCAGCAGGUGGCGCGAAAUGGAAAUCCAGAGACAGGCGCCAUUAUAGGAGCCACAAGAAGAAGGGGAGGAGGAGGAGGAGGAGGGGGAUGAGAGGAGGGGUUGAGGAAGAAGAGGAGCACCACAGAGAGAGGGAGACGGAUGGAGGGUUGGAGAGCAAUACAGAGAAAUGCAACAAAUUUCAGAGACGGUCUGAGUGUUGGGAAGGACUUGAUAGCCAAUCUAGAGUCCCCACUUCACAGCAAGUGCAGCCAUUAGAGAAGUCAAAGCAAUCGGCUGAGGACAGCGGCUGCGCUGCUCCCUUUGCCGCGGAGGACAGGGAGACGGAGAGAGAGAGGGAGAGGGAGAGGAGCGUGUGA